UCAACGCUCUUUCUCUGCUCGCUUCUUUGACCCACCGGCACUGUUCAGCUCAUCAAGCCUCACGCUCUCUUCCAACAUCCUCUAAGCUCCCUUUGUACUACCACUGGCGCUAUCGGAGACGUCGCUCCCGUGUAGCUUCGGUGCCAUCACUCCGGUCGACCCUCUUUUUGCCGCCAGCCACUACUUCAAAUCUUCAAUAGUUGCUACUGAUCACCACCUCCAACUACUCAUCCCUCCUUCCAUCGCCAUCCCCGCGCGCUGACGAGACUCGAGACAGCGUUGCUUUGCAAUCAGCUUGGUCGAGGUGGGGACACUGGCUGUGCGGACAGCACCGACAGCCCCUCAUCAUGCUUCGCCUUACCACCCUCGCAGUGCUGGCGAACUUUGCCUCUUCAGGUGUGCUAGCAGCAGUGACGGUAACGCGAUCCUUGACAUCUCAACUUCCACAGAUCGCCCACGUCGGCCAGCCUUACACUUGGACAUUCGCGCCCAACACCCUGACUUCAUCCCACCCUGACGCCACCAUUGAUUACGUUAUCAGCAGCGGGCUACCAGCUUGGGCUCGCUUUGAUGCUCCGUCGCUGACUAUUAGUGGAACACCUGCAAGCGACGAUCAGGGCCAGGCACGCAUUGCGGUUCACGGCACUGAACGCAAUGGGGACCAAUCCGCAGGCGCAUCAGAUUCCUUCAAUUUGCUCGUCCUCCAAGAGCCAGCACCUACACUCAACAAAGCCUUGCCAGAUCAACUCUCUGUGGCAAGCUCUUUGGGUCCAAAGAAUAUUUUGCCGGGCAACAAGCUGCACAUCCCGUUGGGCUGGUCCUUUAGCGUCGGAUUCGAUGGGAACACUUUCUCGCUGCCCGAUGGGUCGAACGUCUACACCUCUGCAGGCCUGGCGGAUGGUUCGCCUUUGCCCUCGUGGCUCACCUACGAUGCGGGAUCUUACACGAUGUACGGCGUUGCGCCGACUCAAGUCGGUCCGGAAGGACCGCAGUUCGAUUUCGUCAUGACCGGCUCCAACAGAGAGGGCUAUGGCGGAACUACCAGCGCGCUCACUAUUGUGGUCAGCAAUCAUGCUCUGACCCUUGGCGCUCCGCUUCGAUCUGUAAACGUCACGGCCGGUGAUGCUUUGCGCUACGUCAUUCCGACCACUGGCCUGCAGCUCGACGGUCAUCAGUCACCACCGGAGAACAAGAUCACCAUCGCGGCAGACCUGUCUGGGUACCCUUUCUUGACCUUCGAUGCUGGCGCCGACGCUCUCAGUGGCUCUGUACCUUUUGAUGCGGCUCAAAACGACAGCCUGACGCCGUACAUGGUGCCAUUAACCUUCCGUGAUACAUACAACAAUUCAUUGCCAGCCAUUCUCACUCUCCAAGUCUUUCCAUCGCCCUUCGUCUCAGAGACGCUCCCCAACAUCUUCGUUGAUCCCGGACACAUGUUCAACCAGUCCCUUUCGACGCUGCUCAAGCGACCGAACGGUACAGAUCUUAGUGCCAAAUUCGACCCACCUAGCGAUUGGCUGAGCCUGGACGACGAAGACGAACAGCACUUGCUUGCUGGCAAACCGCCCACUAACGCGGAUCAGGAUCGUGUCAAGGUGACGCUCACUGCAAGUGUCAAUGAAGGUCAAAUGCAGAGGAACUCAACCGCGACCUUCUAUAUUGCUGUCAAAGGUGAUGCGGCUCCUACGGGCUCGACAGGCAGUGGGUCUAGUGAUAGUGGCGCCAAGACCAGCGGGAUGACCUCCAGAGGGCAAAUCGCUCUGAUUGCGUCUCUGGCUUCUGCCGGCGGCCUGGUCGCGCUCGUGUUCAUCAUGGUGGUCUGUCGACGUUGCUGCGCUGUCGAAGACCACGAUACUGCGGGACGCAUGAUCGACCAUGACACGAGCGCGGACGAGAGGACGCUGCGAGACGAAAAGUCUCCGAAAAUUGGUGCUGGUGGAUGGAAGAGCCGCAACGUCGGAGAUGGGGCGAGCUCGUACGGCGGCAGUCCUUACCUUGAUCCUAAAGCAUUGCCAGACGGCAACAAGUGGGAGCAUUCGCCUCAAGCUCAGGCUGCGGAAUUGCAUAGCAUCAUGGUCAGCGGAGGAAGGGGAGCACACACCCCAGCCAUGAACGAGGCCAUGGAAGCUUUGGCUAGAGCGGAAGCUGUCAAUCGAGCUGCAGACGUGCCGCCCUCUGCGCCUGACCGAGUUGUCCAACACUCGAUCAUGGGCGCGAUGCCUUGGGCAAAAAAGAACCGUCCUCGUAAUCCGCCACCCACUUCAAGCAGUAAGAGCUUGCACCACCAAGCUACCGUCAACAGCGCGCUUGCAGCCUCGACGGGCUCGGGUUUAGGUUUGCAACUUUCUCAAGGUGACGAUCCCUACACGUCACCUAUGAGUGCGCGCCACUCGCGCAGCAGGCAUUCUAGGCACAGUGCCGCUUCUUCGCACGCAAGCUGGGAGAGCGGCGGGAUUUUCUACGAGAACGAGCGCGAUGGAGCAGACGAUGCAGGCUCGUUCGAAGCGCCCGUCAGACGUGGAGGGCCCCGCGCCAUGCCAGCUGGCAUCCUCAAACAGACGAGUCCGAUGCGACAUCGCAACAGUCACAUCAACGAGUCUCCGCACUUUUCUACGCAGCAAGGAGCUUUUCCAGCCAACAACUUUGGCACGAGAAGUGGCAGCGAGGAGCUUUCGUCCAUUGGUCAUGAUCAAUUUGUCGACUCCAACAGCGGGCCAGAAGCAGACGAGCCUGAGAUGCACGCUGUCGAGAUUUCCCAGGCACGAAGAGUCGAUGUUAGGCAGGUACCUCGAAAUGUCUCCUCAUCCGUGGAUCCAGCCACCUACGUAGCUUCUGGAGCUUUCGAGGACGCUGAGGAUGACGAGCUGACCGUUGGUGGCCGCAGUCGCAGCACUAGCCCCAAUCGUCCACGGUCCACCCAGGAGUCGGCCAGGAGGAAUCGUGACAGCGUAAUGAGCGCGGGUCGCCCGGCGUCGAUCACCAGCUCAGUCAUGUCGACUCAAGGACAGCCAACGAUGAGGAUGGUACAGAGUGGCUCGCCGCCCCCUACGCCAUCACCUUGGGACGGUCAACCAUUUGCAGGCGCUGCAUCGGACUAUGCUCGGCCGCCUCUGUUCAGAUUCGCGACCUCUCGCAUUCAGAAUCAAGCGCCACAGAUGAUCAAGGUUGCGCCCGAGGGACGUACAGCCUUCACAAUGCAUCCCGAUCCUCCGCCUCAACUCCGCGGAGCGCCUGAUUCUCCGGGCAAGAGGAGCGGAACGAGGCGAACAUCGUACAAGCCGUUGAUCUUUGACGAGUCGAUGCCCGACUUCCACGGCAAGUGGCCGCCAUGGAUGGAGUGGCUGCACUUUGACGACAGGACAUUUGAGAUGUCUGGAACACCGCCUGCUGGUCUGGCAGAGACGGGCUUGGGAACACUGCCCAUCGCUCUGGUGUUAUCGACCUACAGACAACCACCCAGUCCUGCACUGGGAUCCGGCAAUGCUCCGCCGAGCCCAGGCAAGAGGCCUCUCAGUGCCGAAGGUGCAGAGGAGGAUCUCGAAGUUGUGGCAAGAGCCGACCUGCUCUUUCCCCAAAGCGGUCCUCAGGUCUUCUGAGCCUCCCAGCACCACGCCACGUCUCGUUCUGAAAAGCUGCAACUAGUGCUGCAUCUGCCCUGUCUGACCCCCUUCCACUUCGACACCCUUUCCCCUGCCUCCCGCCGAGG